AUGAACAGCCGCAUCCACGGGCUCCUUCAUGCGGGGAUGGCGGCCACUUCUCUGCUGAUCGGCGUGCAUCAUGGCAGCCACCAAAAAAAACCACCAGCCCUCAGCCUUGAGCCGUGGUACUGCAGCUGUGCACAUAGACGGCAGCCCUUGGGCUGGAGGGGCAGCAUACUUGUGACCAUCAUGUUUCUCACCAAGUCCCUGAUUGUUUCAGCCUUAGUGUUGGGAGUCCAGUUACAUCUUCACCAGCCUCAGGGGUUCCUGUUUGUGGAAGUCGGUGGGACAGCAGAGAUCCACUGCUCCUCCAGGGCGGAUUUGGAAGGGGGAGCAAAUGUGCACUGGUAUCUGAGAUGGGUGGGUGAGGCCCCCACGUGCAUUAAGGACUGCGAGGAUGGUUCAAAUGGGAGCAAAUUUGCUUGCAAGCAUCAGAAAUACAACACAGCCCUGGAGAUCAGGGACAUCGAAAGGAAUGAGUCUGGAAUUUAUUACUGUUCACGUACACAUGCUGGCUCCUUGACGUUUGGGAAGGGAACCACAGUGAUCGUUGGAGACAGCUUCAGCGACAACAGCUCCGUGCUGCUCCUGGGCCCUGUUGCAGGGGAGAACGGAGUCACAGAUCCUGCACAUCUGGCCUGUGUGAUCCGGGGUGUCUCCAGCCUUGUCCAGGUGUCCUGGCACAUUUCAGGGGAAGAGUCAGCCCAGGGCCUGCUGCGCUCGCUGGAAGCCAGUGCUGGGUCCUUAACACUCAUCCAUGGCAUCAGCAUCCCCUGGGCCAGCUGGGCCAGUGGGGUGGCCGUCACCUGCGAAGUCACAUUCAACUCAUCCGACAGCAGCGUUACCAGACAUGCUGUCUAUUCUGGAGCUCCCUCCGCACCCUGCGUCAUGCUCCCUGUCGUGGCAGUGGUCAGUGCCCUGCUGCUGGUCACGGUGCCCCUGAGUCUCAUCUGGAUCCACUGCCCUCCCAGGCGGGGAUCCCGGCCCAGGAAGCUAGCACCUCACAUAUCCCAGGAGAAUCAGGACGGACUCAUAUACGCGGACCUGGCGUUUGAGCCGCCAACUCGCUGCAAGCCCAGAAAGCAGCAGGCAGCAUGA